AUGAUGGAUUCCGAUGCUUCGUCGGACGAGGAGUAUGGACCGACGGAGCUUGACCAAAUGAUUCAAGAUGAGUUUUUGGAUUCGCCGGAUUCGGACGAAGAAGUGGACAUGAUCAUGCUCAUGAGCAUGCAAGAGGAAAUGGACCGGCAAGUGGAGCAUAUUCUCAACUUCAAGGGCUCAAUCAAAGGGAGAAGAGUGAUCAACCGGGACAGAGUGUCCGGAGCAAAGCUACUGCACAAUGACUACUUUGCUCCCACACCUGCUUUUCCGGAUGAUCCAUGGUUUCGUCGCCGUUUUCGCAUGCGAAAACCAUUGUUUUUGCGCAUCGCGGAGGGAGUGGAGGCACACGACGACUACUUCAAGCUGAGAAGGGAUUGCUGCGGCCAACUCUCUUUCUCGCCCAAACAGAAGUGCACGGCUGCUCUGAUGAUGCUUGCACUUGGUAGUGCUGCAGACGCCGUUGGUGAGAUGGUCAGGAUGGGGGAGAGCACGUGCCACAAGACUACUGUCAAAUUUGCUCGCGCUGUGGUUGAGGUGUUUGGACCGGAGUAUCUCAGAGAACCAAAUGCACAAGACACGGAGAAGUUGUUGGCUAUUGAAGAGGCAAGGGGGUUUCCAGGAAUGCUCCGAUCAAUUGAUUGCAUGCAUUGGCAAUGGAAAAAUUGCCCCAAAGAUGUGCGGGGAAUGAGGCUUUGCAAUGGGGAAUCACCGUCGUGCAACUAUACCGUCAACGGCCGGGACUACAACAUGGGGUACUAUCUUGCCGAUGGUAUCUAUCCUCAGUGGGCGGCGUUUGUGAAGACCAUAUCCGAGCCGCGUGGCAAUAAACAGAGCCACUUUGCAACAAUGCAGGAGGCGGCUAGGAAGGACGUGGAGAUGGCAUCUGCUGUGCUUCAAGCUCAUUGGGGAAUUGUGCGGAGCACUGCAAUGAUGUGGGAAUCGAAAACUUUGUGCCAACUGAUGUCAUGUUGUGUUAUUCUGCACAAUAUGAUUGUCGAGGAUGAGGGUGAUGGUGUAGCCCAAACCCAUGAUUUCGAAGCACCCGAGAACAAGUUCAAAUCUCGUAAGAUCAAGAUGCGGCUCAGCUUAUGA